AUGGGAAAGCGGAAGAGCACUUCCAUCAAGCCCAAGCCCAACCGAAUUCCCAAACUGGACAAAGAAUUCAACUGCCCCUUCUGCAACUCCUCUACGGCAGUGAAGGUCGAACUUCGGGCCGUAUCGCGCUUAGAAGAAGGCAUUGAUGUGUAUGGGGACUGGAUCGAUGCCUGUGUUGCAGCCAAUGCAGCAGCCGCCAAGGAGGCCCAGUUGAAGCUCGAACGCGGCUCUCAACUUCCACAGGGGGGGGCCUCUAGGGGCCCCCCUUCGGCCGCAACCGAAUCUCCAUCGGACUCAGAAGCAGCUACAAGAGGCAAAGAAAAGAUUGAGCGACAGGGGACGCCCCGGCGGGGCGGUUUUCAAGGAAGUGGGGGGGCCCGUAAAGUUUCCUCUGCCCAAAGAGGGAGCACGAAGAAGUUGGCGAGAUCAACAGAGAGUGAGGCGGAGGGCAGCAGCAGCGAGGAAACAGAGGGAGUGGAUCCUGAGGGGGAUGAGGGUUCCCCCUCACUGAAGCGCUUGCGCGUGGACCGCGGGCGAGAGGGCGAGGAAGGAGGGGAAGCAGUGGGGUCAGAAGGUAGCGAUACGGAGGGCUUACACCCGGCUGAACAGGGGGGGGAUGCAGGCGAGAGAGUAAGGGCUAGAGAGAAGGGCGAGGCGGAAAUAGGGGGAGUGCUUGAGCAAUACAGAAGAGACGCGGAGGGAGAAGAAGAAGAUUCUACCGCUCUCUUCAAUGAUGACGAGUGA